GAAUCACGUACAUUUGAUAGGUGUAUUCUCUACGAUGCAAUUUCUUCAUACAACCCGGAAAAAAACGAGAGUACUUGAAUUUCAAAUACGCUUGAAGUAUUCGAUAACUGGGUGCUUGUGAGUGGUAGACUAGCGAAUAUAAAUGCAUCGAAAAAAUUGCAUAUAAAUUCACCGAGUCAGCAGAAGCAUCACAUUCAAUUGCCAUUUGAAUUGAUUCAAUUCGAGAGAUAGUUUAUUCACAAUAGAGAUUCAGAGAGUUAACCUCACAAAUUUUUUCAGCUCUACUUGGAAGUUAUUACAUUGUGAGUCCCAUUUAAACUCCUUUUUGCUGCACUCGUUUACACACUUCGUGGAUACUGCAAUUAUUUAAAAUGUUUCGUACAAUAUUCGACAAAGAACGAAAACAAUGGAGCGGCCCAAAAACGGAAUCCAUUUUCAAUCCUCAUUCAUCUUUAGGGAACGUUAUUCUGAAUGUGCUUCAAGUUAAUGGCUCUAGAGUUGCUCAGAUUUGCGCAGAUACCGGUAAUCGUACCACAUUCGAUGAGUUGCAUACACUGACAGUUCGUGUGGCUAAACGUCUUCGAAAUUUCGAAUUUGAAAAAGGUCAAGUCAUUUUCUUUUUGACAAAUAACUCCGCCGACAUCCCAGUGCUAGUGUUUGCUGCAAUGUGCUUAGGAUGUCCAGUAGCAUCGCUACCGUCAUUCCAUUCAAAAAUGGAAUAUUUUCAACAUUUGAGUGCUGUGAAACCGAAAUAUGUGUUCUGUGACCUGGAAUACUAUGCCAUAAUGAAGGACUGUAUCUCUAACUUGAAGAUUGAAGCAAAAUUCUUCACAUUUGGUGGUCAGAUCGAAGAAUCCGUUUCAAUAAACAAUCUGUUCGAAAAAGACAAUAUAGACUUAUAUUUUGUUCCAACGAAGGUGAAUGGCAUCACGGACACGGCAUUUAUUAUUCAAACAUCUGGCACGUCCGGCAUACCAAAAGCUAUUUGUUUCUCACAUGCGGCAAUAUUGGACAAAAUCAGGCGAUUAUCACAAAUCAUUCGAUCAACGGACGUUGUUCUGGGAUUUGAAAACUGGCAUUUCGUAACCGGAGUUCGUGUACUUUUUGGUGCAACGUUAAAUGGUUCGACGAGAAUUGUGAAUGAGGGCUCCUUUUCGCCCGAACGCUUUUUCGAUCUGGUUGAACGAUUCGAAGUGACAUUCGCUUUGAACUCAGUGAUUGAAAUUUCGCAACUACUUGAUCAUCCACGAAUCGAGAGUGCCGAUCUGUCCAGUUUGAAGUACUAUACUUGCGGUGGCAUGAAAAUACCAUAUGAAAUCGUUCAGAAAAUGAAUAAAUAUCUAAAAGGUGGUCGAUUUUGUCAUAAUUAUGGAAUGACUGAAUUGCUAGGAUCAGUCGCCAUCAAUUUGUAUCACACAAGAAAUGCUAGUGCCGGUCAAUUGAUCAGUGGAUGUGAAGUGAAAAUUAUCAACGAACGCGGAGAACGAUUGGGCGUUGAUGAAGAUGGUGAACUUUGUAUUCGGCAACCAUAUCCAUUUCUUCGUCACCUGCUCGAUGAUGACCACGAAAACGAAAUUGUACACAACAAUUUUGAUAACGAAGGUUUCUUUGCCACUGGAGACAUCGCUCAUUUCGACCAAAAUAACGAUUUGUUCAUCAUUGGACGGAAAAAGGAUUUAUUCAAAUCUUGUGGCGACUACACAGUCAUCCCAAUCGAAAUGGAGGAAUUUUUGAACCAAAUCGAUGGUGUUCAACAAUCGUGCGUUGUACCCAUUCCGGAUGUAAGAUACCAUAAUUUACCGGCGGCAGUCAUUGUGAAAACAAAACGAUCAAAUUGCUCUGCAGAAUCCAUCUACGAUGCCGUUAGGGACAAUUUUGCACCUUACAAACACCUUCAAGGUGGCGUCUACUUUGUAGAUUCAUUACCACUGACGAACUCUGGAAAAGUUGUUCGACAUUUAGUCACUGAAAUGGCAAUCAAUCUUUAUGACAAACAAAAAAAUCGUUGAAUUAAUCCACUGAAAUUGUCUUUUAUUCGUGAAAUUGAUGGAAAAUUUCUGAAAUUGUCAAAUAUGUCAUGUACUCUUUCUUAUUGUGACUCAUAAAUCGAUGGAACUGUAAAUAAAAAAAAUAAGAGCAAUUCAACCCAAUCUAAAGUGGAACAGCUGGUGAUAUGCAUGUUGAUGGGCGUGAAA